AAGUUGGGAUGCCAUGCUCCAAGUAACCCACGCUCCAGUUGGAGCAGCUGUAGUCCACCAAGCAUCUCAUCACCAACAAAGACAUUCAAUCUACAAGUCACCGAUGCUCAGCCUUCUGAUUCUGCUUACUGGAUUUGUACGGAUAUUGGUCUAAGCUGCGACAGUAACCCAGUCAAGCCAGUGGUGCAAGCGCCCCCAGGCACGCCACAGAUCACCGGUUUCCCAUCUGGACCAGUCAUUGCUGGAGCACAGCUCAACUUGAAGUGUGUGGCCUCGCCUCCUGGAGAUACCUACGAUUGGUACAAAGAUGGUACAAAGGUUACAACAUCAUCGAGUUACGACUUCCAAGUGACAAAAGAGAGUGCUGGUGUUUACAAAUGUGUGGCGAGAAAUGAUGUCGGGUUUGGUCCAAGUAGUGACAAGACAUUAGUCGUUUAUUACAAACCUGAUUCCGUGGUCGUGUCAUCGGGAAAGACCUCGUCCUAUGCUGGGGAGAAGGACAAGUUCACCUGCACAGUCUCUGGCGGCAACCCGACCCCGACCGUGAAGCUCUAUUUCAAGUGGUCAGGCGGAACACCAGUAGAGGUCACCCAAGGUCAAGACAAGGUGAUGGCUAAAGAAGACAACCAGGCUGAGUACUACUGCGAGGCGAAGGUCACUGGGUAUCCCGCCCUCGAUAUGACUUCAAGCAGGAAGACAUACAGCGUAACAUUUUCAAACACCAAGGUUUCGUUUCUCAAUAACCCGACCGCUGCUGUCCAGGUUGGUCAGGUAAAGAAGUUCACAUGUGAGACGGAUGAGAGUAACCCAGUUACCAACAUCAGGUGGUAUCAACAUAGUACUGGUUCUUCAUGGCGAGAUGUCACAACCGGAAUAUCAUCAUCCGAGAGGAAUGGUGUGUAUGGUGGAAAGAUCAGGAUCAGUGAGUGGUCUGUUACUGCAACAAAGGCAAUGAAUGGUGCAACGAUAAGAUGUACGUCCACCUACUCCCUGACUGGUCAUAGCUUUCCGACGAAUGCCGAUACCACAAUGCAUGUAAAAUUUAACCCAUCAAAGAUAACUUUGCUUCAAAUACCACUAACAGUGAUCUACGAGGGGAAACAGAUCACGAUCACCUGUGAGACAGACAGCGCUAACCCGGUUGCGAAUGUACAGUUCCACCGGAAGAGGACAGGAGGAAACUGGGAGCAACUGACGUCGGGGGUAACAUCUGAAGACAGGGCUGCAGAAUACAAUGGCAGGAUUCGAAAGAGUACUUUGGUUGUGACAGCCAAUAGGUUGGAUACACAGGCUGUGUUCAAAUGCGAGGUUCGUGAUGGGUUAUUCAAGAUGGAACAGACAACUACAGUUAAUGUAUAUUACCCAGCAAGCGUCGUAUUAUCAUCAGCCUCGACUACAGUGAAAGAAGGCGAUACUGUCACAUUGACAUGUGAAGCAAGAGGGGGUAACCCGACAUCGUACACCUACAUAUGGUAUUAUAACUGGAUACAAAUACCGAAUAUGACUUCUAGACAAUACAGAAUAUCAUCAAUUCAGUACAACGGAAGUGGGGAAUAUCGCUGUCGUGCGGUCAACUAUUCUCCAGGCGGCAUAGCUGAUUCAUCAUUAAAGUUGGAUGUUUUAUACAAAGCAAAAUGGGAUCCCAAUCUGCCGAGACUCCUCACCGUUGAAAGCAGACCAUUACGACCAGUCAUGUUUACACUCCACGUCAUCGCCAACCCUCGACCAACGAAUAUUACGUGGUAUCACCCAAAUCACCAAAUGGCAACUGGGGAAAACUUCAUCCCCGCGGAAGUAAAUGGGACAUACACACUAAGCAAGGGAUCUGUAGGGACUCAAGACUAUGGAAAUUACACCGUCAAAGUGACUAAUACCGUUGGAAUAUCAUAUUUUGUUUUUGAGCUACAGCGCGGGGCUGCUCCAAAUGCCCCGACCAUUAAGAUCACCCGUAACGGGAGACUGGUGACGGUCGUGUUCGGGCCGCCGAUUCGGGAGUACACAGGUUUCCAGCUGAAGUUCUGUGGGCCAGGUCAGACACCAAAAACAACAGGCUGCAGCGCGAUUCGCUUUAUCAACCAGGGACCAACGAAGUCAACUUACACAGUCAGUGUGAACAACGAGACCACGAUCUAUGUUUUCUACAUGGAUUUUUAUGUUGGAGAUGAUGUUGUUUAUAGUUCUGGUCAAGUGCAUCCUAAAGAGACCGUGCCGGCUGGAAGCGGUCCUGAUGGUGGCAUGAUAGCUGGCGUGGUUGUAACCGUCGUCAUCCUGGUAGCAAUGGUGGUGGUGGUUGUCGUCGUGCUACAUAGGAGGAACAUGGCAUGCUUUGCUGAUCGAAAUAAACCCGAUGAAUCAAACCAUGAUGAUGGGAAAACUGGCAAAACGGAAGCUGAUUCGGUUUUUCAUGACCCUUUAUACAUGAACGUCGUCAACAGGGCAUUUGAAGGUGGCGAUACUCCACAUGAACCGGUUUAUGUGAAUUCUCCUCAACAGAAUCCCGUGAAAGAUGGCGGUGAAAAUCCGUAUGACGAAAUGGAAAAUCCAUAUGCUGACUUGAACAUCACGCCUGAUGUGAUCGCAAGCCAGACGUAUGCUGAAUUGAAAUAUUGAAAAUCAAGACGGAAAAUGAAAGAAGGUUUCACGACUGUCCGGUUUGUGUCACAUAUGCAGAGUGACACGAGAAAAUGACUAAUGUUUUCCUGGCUCAAACAUUUUGUUCUUUAAUUAACAAAGUCAAUUGGAGGAAAGCUAGUCCCCGGGGACAGCUGGCCCGUCUGUGUGUAUAUAUUUACCACUGUCAGGUGUGUGAACACGAAACAAGAGUGACCAUAACAUAUUUUAUGUAGUCAUCCCCCCAUUUGUAAUUGCAUCGGCAGUGCUGACCACAUUAGGUCGGCAUUGUGCAUUCACCUCAUCAUUCUCAACCGGUUAAAUACUAGUAUAUUAUAUCUGUCACUGGUUACAUACAUCAAACACGUACUCUACUGAGAUAUCUUGCAAGUUGAGCGUUUUUUUAAUCAAGCCUUCUCAUCAGGUUGGAUUUGCAUAUAGUCUUGGAACUAGCAAGUUGAGUGUUCUUGCAUACGCCUGCCAAUAAGGUUGGGUUAGCGUAUAGUUGACGUUGUCGUUUAUAAAGUGUCUCUUCAGGAGUAAUCCAGUCAAUUCUAUCGAUCACGGUGUCAUUUUCAUCCUUUUGUCAGGUGAAGCCAGUUGACAAACAUGCUGGCGACGAGUGACUAUGAACCGUGACAAUGUGAAUCAAUUGCUUAUCUGACCUAAGGUCAUAUUUAUCUAGGGGUCGCGUUAUUACUUGUAACUCAAGUCAUUUCUGAAGAGCGUGCUUCCAGUGGUUCGAGAUGUUACUUUUCACCCGCUCAGUUGUCGGGCUAUGUUCCGUUGUGAAGCCGAAGUCAACUAAUGAACAUGCUCAUGACGAGUGACAUUGACACUGAACCUGGACAAGUGACCACGUGUAUCCUGUUUAAACUCGGCACAACAUCAGUGGUCAUUACCAAUAUUUCAGUGUUUCCACAAUAGACAUCAUAGAGAGACCAUAAAAACAUAGAAAAACGUGUCAAUCUAUCUUUCAGCGUUCCCAAACAAUAGGGGGUAUUGCCUGAAAGCGAAAAUGCCCAAAACUGUUACACCAGCCCUGCUGAAAUACCCUGACCCCCCCACCCCAUCCCGCCAUGGAGCUCAACUGUGGUUUUCAAGUUCCUACCAAAGAACAAAUUGAAGACAGUUUUAGAAAACUACCAAGAACCCACUGUUGUUAAACCUCGUUUUCGUUUGUUUUGAUGCUAAUUCUUAGCAGUGGCUAAAUUAUCUAGAAUACUUAGUACAUGUGGUUUGUGUCAUCGUUCUCCAGUAUUUCAAUUUACUUAUUCAAGGAUUAAGAAUCUCCCAGUUAACUUGACAUUGCUAGUAGUGAAUAAACAUUUGUUGUACACUCAUUAAGCAAUCUCGAUUCGUAACUUUAUAACUGUGUUCCUUUUAUGUAUUCCUGAUAGGUAUAUGUAAUCUAUAUUCGAAUGUGAAAUGUA